GGGGCGAAAGCGCACCCAGCAAAAUAAUCGUAUUUUGUCAAUUAUGCUGUUUUCAUAAUCGUCGCAAACCAUAAUCGUAAUCGCGAUUAAAAUACGAUUAAUUGCACAGCCCUAGCGCACUGGUUUCAAGUGGCCUUACAGGGGCUGGGGAUGACAACUGUAAACUUCCCAUAGUUCCAGUGCAAGUCAAGUCAACGAAGGGCAGCAAGAUCGUCACCACCUAUGCUUUCUUGGACCCAGGAAGUACAGCAGUGUUUUGUACAGAGGGUUUAAUGCAUGAGCUCGGCCUAACUGGAAAGAAGGCGCAGAUUAGUUUACGAACCAUGGGCCAAGAAAGGGCCAUAGAUAGCCAUAUUGUGUUCGGACUAGAAGUGGCUGGCUUAACAAAUGACAAUUUCUGUGAACUGCCACAAAGCUACACCCAGGAGUGCAUGCCUGCCAGCAGUGGGAACAUUCCUAGACAAGCAGACCUACAGAGAUGGCCUCAUCUGAAAAAUGUUAAUUUGCCUGAAAUAAAUGCAGGGAUUGGACUGUUGAUAGGAACCAAUGUUCCCAAGGCCUUGGAACCAUUGGAAGUCAUACGCAGUGUGGAGGACAGACCCUAUGCAAGCAGGAGAGUGAUUGGACCACUAGAAGGAGUGAGUGGGAAUGCAAUGGACUUUGACAAACCAGAAGUAUCUGUGAACAGAAUCUCAGUUGUGAAUUUGGAUGGACCUUGGCAACAGCAGUUCAGCGCAGACUUCCCUGAAUGCAGAUUGGAGGAACAAGCUGGAUGUCAAGAGAGGAUCUCAAGUUUAAGAAGUUUGCAAAGAGUGUUUUUUCAGAAGUGUAAAAAGAAAAGUUUUAAAGAUGAGAAGAAGCCUCAUCUGAAAUCCCAACAAAAGCCCUCUCCUUCAACGGCUGCUCAGAAAGGCCCCGCUGCAGACAAAGAAAUGGAGAACAGGAUGAAGUGGACCAACGUGUUCUACAAGGCCGAAGGACUCGGAGUCAAAGACGACGAGGACAUGCUGCGCUCCUCGUUAAAGGAGUGGGGCGAUCAAAGCGAGAACAUCGUGGAGAAGAUGCAGAAACAGCAGGAAGAGACGGAAGAACAUCAGUGACAUCUUUUCCACAGUAUUGACUCUUUCCGACUGACAGACUUAAAGGACACCUAGGUGGUGGUACCUUUGGCCUAACUGACUUAAAGGACACCUAGGUGGAGGUACCUUUGGCCUAACUGACUUAAAGGACACCUAGGUGGAGGUACCUUUGGCCUAACUGACUUAAAGGA